AUGGACGCUCCCCCACCUCCGCCUCGAGCUCGCAAAGCACCGCCGCCGCCAGCUCCCGAGCCAGCGACAGAUGGCGCAUCCCCAGAGCAACGACUGUGGCAUGCAGCCAAAUCAGACUCUGAAGACAUGGCGCUCGAGUGCCUCAAGCUAGCAGAGAACGGUCACUGCGAUGUCAACGCAUUCGAUGGUGUUGGACAGACAGCCUUGCACUAUGCUGCGAGUACACCAAGCCCGACAGUCCUCGACUUGUUGCUCGAAUAUGAAGCCACCGACGUGGAUCUGCGCGCUACGAGGACAGGCGAUACGCCGCUCCAUCUCGCAGUGAGACAUACUCGACCUGACGUCAGACGCGGCGUCGCGGAGACUCUUCUAGACGCAGGCGCCGACCCACGUGUGCGCAACCAUGAUCAUCUGCUAGCGAUAGACUUGCUGCCCGCUCGAGGGACAAGAUCGCAACCAGAAGAGGCAGAGAACGAAGGACUGAGGGCGAGCUUCAACCAGGCAGAGCAAGAGAUGGCAAUGGACAAUAGCAUGAUCGUCACCAACGAUGACAUGAUUGUACCCGGUGAUGACGACGAGGGAUCAGAUUAG